AUAUAUUGUGGUUCCAACAACGCGUCUGGCAUCGACAAUCAACGAUAGUUAAUCGCGAAUAAUAUAAUCAACACAAAGUCAUCAAAAUGAUGAUGGACUAUUUUGUGACGAACAAUUCCUUGGCGCCCGCACCUAUGGGAAUUCAAAGCACAGCGGGUGCUGUGCCUGUGAAGAAUGACAAAGGCGAAUUGUCUAUGAAAAAGGUGAAGGUGCAUCGUUAUGUCUCGGGCAAACGACCAAAUUACGCGGCGGUGAGUUCGGACGAGGAAUCGGAAGAGGAGGAUUUUCUGGAGAAGCGAGUGCACAAAACUUACGACGAUAACGAAGUUGUCACCGAGAUCAGCGCUCACUCGCACUCGAGAAAUCGAGACGAAGACGAUCCGCGUUUACGUAGAUUGACGCGACAACAGAAGGAGGCGCAGACCGAGAUACGCACGGAAAGACACAGACACAUUCACGAGCCCGAAUUGAUCGAGAUCGAGUUGGAGAGAACGCGAGAGAGGAUCAAAUUGGAGAGCUCGGAUUCGUCGGAGGACGAGGAAUUGUCAGAUUCGGAAAUAGAAAAACGACGGGAGGCUCUCAAGCAGCGAGUGCUUUCGAAAAAGGAAGCGGAGGAAGAAUUGAUAGAGGGCGAGGAAGAGGAGAGAACGGGCGACAGUUCGGACGAGAGCUCGGAAUACGAGGAGUACACAGACUCGGAGGAGGAGACCGGGCCCCGAUUGAAACCCGUGUUUGUUCGUAAAAAAGACAGAAUCACGGUGAUGGAGAAGGAGAAGGAAGCGAUGCGGCAGAAGCAAGCGGAGGUGGAAGCUAAAAAACUGGCUGAGGAACGGAAGAGACAGACUCUGAGAAUGGUGGAGGAAGCGGUGCGUAAGGAGACGCAGAUGGGCAACAAAGGUAACAGCGAGCAAGAAAGCAAACUGAACGACGUUUGCACGGACGAUGAGAACGACGAGGUGGAGUACGAGGCUUGGAAGCUACGCGAGUUGAAGAGGAUAAAGCGAGAUCGCGAGGAAAGGGAACAACUCGAGAAGGAACGUUUGGAAAUCGAGCGUAUUCGCAACAUGACGGAGGAGGAACGAAGACAAGAGGCGCGAUUGAAUCCGAAGAUAAUCACCAACAAAGCGGCCAAAGGAAAGUACAAAUUCUUGCAGAAGUACUAUCAUCGCGGCGCGUUCUAUUUGGACAAGGACGACUCCAUAUUCAAACGCGACUUUUCCGGCGCGACCUUGGAGGAUCACUUCGACAAGACAAUUUUGCCGAAGGUCAUGCAAGUGAAGAACUUCGGACGUAGCGGUAGAACCAAGUACACUCACUUGGUGGAUCAGGACACCACGCUGUUCGAUUCGCCUUGGAUAUCGGAAACCGCGCAAAAUCUCAAAUUUCACAACAAUCAAGCGGCCGGAAUGAAACAAGUUUUCGAUCGACCUUCAUUGAAAAAAAGAAAAGCUGAAAAUUGAACAAUUCGAAUACAUCAAUAAUUGUUUAAUGGCACUUUAUGUUGUUCUUUUUCUUUUUUUCCAGCAUAAUAUUACAUAUCACAAGAUUA